UGAUAAGUCAACUCUGACUCAGAAAAAAGUUGAAAAACUUAUAACAGUCUAUUCACCCCCCUCUAGACUGUUACCAACUUAAACGGGACCAACAAUUAGCCAAUCUUCCUGCCGAUGUAUGCUUUCCCGACACGAAACAACUCUUAUCUUUAUUUAUAAGCUGUCCAGUAGCUUGUUGAUAAUCUCGGAUAAGCUUAUUAAAACUGCGAAUAGAUCUAACUGAACCAUUAAGAAAAAUGAGCAUGUCAUCUGCGAAAGCUAGGUGAGAAAAAGGGGAUGCUCUUCCCAUGUUGAAAGCUCCAACUUUACCAUUAAUCAUCAGAUCGUUUAGGCCACUCGAAAAAGCCUCCGACAUGAUAAUGAAAAGUAAAGGAGAUAGCGGGUGCCCCUGCUUAACCCCUCGGUGAGGCUGAAAGUAACCGUAUGUGGCACCAUUUAUACAGAUAGAAAUGUGUGUUGCCCUCAGAUUGCCCAUGAUGAUUCUUCGAAUAUGCUCCGAGAAACCAAACUUAUCCAUAAUGGCAUCAAGGAACCCCCAAGCUACCCUGUCAAAGGCCUUCGCCAUAUCAAGUUUAAUAGCUAGAUUAGAUCCACGAACCUUCUUAUCUAAGUGGUGAAGAACCUCCAAGGCAGAUAGAAAUUGAUAUUGGAUUUCUUUACCCUUCAUAAAACCAGCCUGUUCUAUCGAAAUAAUCUGAGGUAGAAUAGAGGCCAUUCUGGAAGUAACAAUUCUAGUAUUCACCUUACUAAGAAAAGUAGAAAGGCAGAUCGGCCUGAAAUCCCCAAAAUGAGUAGGAUUCUUAUUUUUAGGGAUCGAGACCAUAUUCACACUACCAAUGCCUUUUGGUACUGCCACACCCAAGAAAAAUUCCUGGACCGCUAAGAGAACAUCUUGUUUAAUAAUUUCCCAACAUCCCUUAUAAAAAGAACCUCCAAAACCAUCCGGCCCCGGGGCUGCCUCCUCGCUUAGACCCCAGACCGCUUCUUUAACUUCCUUUUCGUUGGGCAACUUAAUUAGCCCUAUAUUUUGUUCCUCCGUCACGAUACUGGGAAUGUACCGAAGCAUUUUAUCAUAGCCAUCUGUAGACUCGAAACGGAACAGGUUUUUAUAAUAAGUCACAGCUUCCUCCCCGAUCUCAUUUGCAGAAUACACCCAUUCCCCGUUGGCAUUUUUAAUGGCACGAAUAAAUUGUUUACGCCUUUUAUCUUUCACCGCAGCAUGAAAGAAUUUAGAAUUAGCAUCUCCUUCCCGAAUCCAUCUAAUGCUAGCCUUCUGUUUCCAAUAGAUCUCCCGCUGUUUAACUCUUUUGAGAAACAAAGCUUGUUUAAGAUGACAAUUAGCCCUAUUAUCCUCCGAGGGGUUAUUCUCAAAAUUCUUCUCCGCCUCUAGUGAUUCCAGCUCUAGCUUCUUAAUAUCUCUAAAGACGUCUCCAAAUAUAUCUUUGUUCCAGACCUUUAAAUCUGCCUUAAGAGCCUUCAACUUCAAAGCCAUCCCCCGCAUACCACCGAUCCUUGGGUAAUCAUUCCAUUUCUUAUUGAUGAAGGAAAUAAAAUCUCCAUGUGUAAACCACAUGUUCUGAAAUCUAAACUGAGCCGGACCCCUAGGCAUUUGAGUCUCACAAAUAAGAAGAAUGGGACAGUGAUCCGAGGUCGCUUUACUCAAGUGAUGAACAUUCACAUUGUCAAAACCAUCUAAGAAAUCCUGGUCCACCAAAAAUCUAUCCAAUCUUUCCCAUAUACGUCCAUUCGCCCGCACCCCAGUCCAAGUAAAAGCAGAACCAAUAUAAGAAGGCUGAAUAAGUUGGCAGUACUCAAUACAGUCCCUGAAGUCCCUCAUAUCAGCCAUACGAGAUAUAGCUGGCCCCUUAUAAUCAGAAAUUGAAGCAAUAACGUUAAAGUCUCCUCCCAGUAUCCACGGCCCCCCGACCGCUCCUGCAAAACCCCUCAUCCCAUCCCAAAGCUGUUCCCUCUCCGCCCUUGUAUGCUUUCCAUAAACCGGGAAAUAGGUGAAAACAAAAUUCAGUGGAAUAAACUUCAUAGUAACUACCAGAAAUUGGCCCUUGUCUUCAAUUGAAAACACAUCAAAGUCCGAAGCAUUCCACAUUAGCCAAAUCUUAUUGGAUGCCGAGGUAUAAUAAUUUGAGAAACCCAGACUGUUAGAAUAAAAACCUCCAUUCGAAGAAUUUAUUAUAGGUUCAAUGAUAGUAAUAAAAUUAAGCGAAUGCUGCCUAACAAGUGAGCGUAGUCUUGGGCAGGCAUAAACAAGACCACUCCAAGAGCUUCUGCUUGUUCCUUCUAUAUCAAAUCUACUUUGUGGCUGAGCUCCGCACAUACUGCUUUCCAUGACUCUAUCGUAGAAUCUUCGAUAAUGGCUUGUUCCCCAUCCGACACUACUCCUUCCAUAAUGAUAUGAUCCUGCCCUUGUUCAUUACCUUCUUCAAAAGAUAUUAGUUUAGUCACAUCAGUUGAGGCUCCACAUUCCUCUGUAGGGAUAUCUUUUCCUAUGUCGGUAUUUGUCUCCAUUUCUUGAAAAACCGUCUCUUCGGCCUCUAACAUAUCCUGGCCUGCAGCCUCAAACUCUUCAAGCACUGCUCCCUGUAUAAUAGGUUCUGCUCUCUUUUCCAGCACUGCCUCAAUGUCCCCUCCCAAUACCUCAAUUGGCUUGUCUAGUGUUGGUGUCACCUUUUCCAGGAUUUGAGCAGCCCCUUCCUUUCCCUUCACUUGAGAUGACUCACCCUCCCGAAUGAUCAAAGCUUUGUUAGGAUUCUUGGUGUGUUCCUCCUUACUACUGUCUAUCACUAUCUCUUUCCCUUUUUUUUUAUUUUUAUUUAUGACCUGAAUCCAUUGCUGGUGCGCUUUCUAUUGGGGCGGCUUGUUUUCCUGCCGCUUUGGACGUGUUGUUCCCGCUUCUAACUGCAUCCUAGGUACUCCACACUCAUCAAUGGCGUGACCUAGUCUACUACAUUUAGUGCAAUAUUUUGGCAUAUCUUCAUAUGUCACCGUUUGUAACAAUUCUUUAUUGCCAUGCAGAAUCAUUACCUUGGAAGGAUUAUCAUGAAAAGGGCCCGCUUAUCAUGAAAAUGUAUAGGUAAACCGUCAAAUGUAAUCCAGACUGGGACGAUCGGCGACUCCACGUUAGGCUGAAAGUCCGGUGUCCAACGCGUCACUUUCAUCUUGAAGUCCGGAGUAUACAACAAUUAAGAUCAACAACAUCUCAAAAAAAAUUUAGGUCGACUAACAUGAAUCAAUAUAUGAUCAAAAGGAAAAAAAAAGAUAAUAAAAAUAAAAAGAUAAGGUAUAAUAAAAAGGAUAAAAAGAUAUUUAAAAUAAAUAAGAACUACAUAAAAAAAAUUAAAAGAUAAAAAGGAUAAAAAGAAUAUAUAUAUGUAUAUAUAUAUAUAUAUAUAUAUAUAAAGAUCAAAGGAUAAACAUUAUAAGGUAGAAAUAGAAGAUAAAAAAAAAAAGAUGAUAAGCUCGAGAUCAAUCUGCAACAUGAAUACUCGUCAUCCUUUUACUUUCUCCAAAGUCAUACUCUCAUAUAAUCCGAAAGAAUGUAUAUCACCUGUUGAGGUUUAUACCCGAAGAUCCGAAAGCCCAACACAAGCCUCGGAUAUUGUAGGUAUGUAGGGUUGGAUUAAAAUGUGUAUAAAAUAUAAAACAGUGAGAUAUUUGCUCAACUCAGAAGCUUACUGAUAUUCGAUAAAUAUGUGAUUACACUGAGACUACCCGAACGGUAGAUGGAUAUGAGAUUACAAGGAUAGGAGAUGUAAAUCUAUUGCUAAGCUCUGAGUAUUAAAAUGCUAACCCCUUACAAUGAUCUAAACAUGGAUAUUUAUACUAAGAUGGGGAUGGGUAAGGUGGACACGUGGUCGAAUCUGGUAGGCCAUCGCCUCUGCCAUGUAAGCACUCAUGCCCCCACUUGCAACUGUCAUGAUCCAGCAUUAAAUGCGGCCUCCACUUGCUGACUGCCCGUUCGGGCAAGGUGUUCGGUGUGUGGGACCCCGCCAUAGGUGACAAUUUCUACUUGAAGUAUCCCGAACGCCGAUCGAUAUUUGGGCCUUGAUACCUUGGCAUAAUCGUUACCCAGAAUGUUCCAAGUAUAAGUUUUAUCCCGAAUGCCGUUCGGGAGUUCUUUGGGCUUGCUGCUUCUUCCCGGCUUUGGGCCUAGGGAUAUUGGGCCUGGACCCAAUAUCCCAACACUAGUCCCCCACUUCCUAUGUCUCGAACGGUAGUGAGUGCAUAAGGAAGUAGAAGAUUAUACCCGAAGAUCCGAAAGCCCAACACAAGCCUCGGAUAUUGUAGGUAUGUAGGGUUGGAUUAAAAUGUGUAUAAAAUAUAAAACAGUGAGAUAUUUGCUCAACUCAGAAGCUUACUGAUAUUCGAUAAAUAUGUGAUUACACUGAGACUACCCGAACGGUAGAUGGAUAUGAGAUUACAAGGAUAGGAGAUGUAAAUCUAUUGCUAAGCUCUGAGUAUUAAAAUGCUAACCCCUUACAAUGAUCUAAACAUGGAUAUUUAUACUAAGAUGGGGAUGGGUAAGGUGGACACGUGGUCGAAUCUGGUAGGCCAUCGCCUCUGCCAUGUAAGCACUCAUGCCCCCACUUGCAACUGUCAUGAUCCAGCAUUAAAUGCGGCCUCCACUUGCUGACUGCCCGUUCGGGCAAGGUGUUCGGUGUGUGGGACCCCGCCAUAGGUGACAAUUUCUACUUGAAGUAUCCCGAACGCCGAUCGAUAUUUGGGCCUUGAUACCUUGGCAUAAUCGUUACCCAGAAUGUUCCAAGUAUAAGUUUUAUCCCGAAUGCCGUUCGGGAGUUCUUUGGGCUUGCUGCUUCUUCCCGGCUUUGGGCCUAGGGAUAUUGGGCCUGGACCCAAUAUCCCAACACUAGUCCCCCACUUCCUAUGUCUCGAACGGUAGUGAGUGCAUAAGGAAGUAGAAGAUUAUUGCCCGAAUGCUGUUCGGGUGAGUAUCGGAUGGCAUUCCGCCGGUUCCCGAGGCAUAUUUUGACGGUUAUUUGCAACUGUCGUUUCACUUCUCCGAUAAACGCCAUGAUUACCUGAGAAGGAUUCUCUGUGUGACACGUGUCUCUGUCAUCAUUACAAAAAACGUGUCCUCUUCUGAUUGGCAGCUGAAUCGGCGUGACAGAGUAUAAAUAGGCUCUUCUGGUUUUGAUUCUGGGUUUCGAAACUUUGCAUCCCCGGCUUAUAAUUCAUCCUCUAGAGCUUCAUCCGUAGCUUCUGUUCAGGUAUCCUUCGAGUUUCCUUCUACUGUUUAGUUCCCUCGUUCGGUGAGAAUGGCACCCCUUCGUUCAUCUGAACCCUCUACCUCCGGCACUGUAAUUCCAGAAGAAAACCCCAAUGAUACGCUGCAAGUUGUCCGUAUUCCGGCGGAGGUUAACGGCGAUGAUUCCUCUUCCUACGAUGUUUAUUCUGAUGGCACCAAGUCGGGGGAUGAAUUGGAGGUUAUGGAAGCCGGCCCUCCAAGCGGCGUUUCCUGUCAUAAGCUUGACCUAGCUCUUAUUAGGUUUAGGCGCCAAAAGCUCACGGCCCAGAAUCGGGCCCAAAUUCAGAUGCUAAUUCCUGAUUCGGUGGACUUCCGCCUUCAAUCGGGUCUCCACCCAAUGCGCCAUUUCCCAGGGAUGGUUGUGGUCCAUUUCGACUCAGUCAAGGCCGGCCUUAGAUUCCCACUUCACCCCUUUUUUGUCUCCCUUUUAAAUUUUUACAAUGUAGUACCAGCCCAAAUAAUGCCGAACUCCUACCGGUCGAUAGCUGGUUUCAUUUGUCGUUGUCACAGUGUCGAGGUCACACCCACUCUAGAGCUUUUCCACUAUUUCUUUUUGGUUAUCCCCCAGCAGUCCCACGGCUUCCUGGUGGUAAGCUCCCGUCCAGGACAUAUUUUGUUCUGUGAUGCCCCUUCUUCCAUUAAGGGUUGGAAAGAUAGGUUUUUCUUUGUUUCUGUCCCGAACGGUUUGAUUCCUAGGAAGUGGAACGCAUUUCCUCCUAAAUCCCCCGAGCCAUUCAUCUCUGAGGAGCUUAGCCAACAUGUCAUUGCUGUGGAGGCAGGAGGCUGCUUCAAAAUCAUGUCUUACCUGACUCCCGAACGGCUAAUUAGGGCCGGGAUAGGUACUGCCCGUAUUCCUGGACUUACUUGACUGAAAACCAAGUACCAUGGCCCGGGCGGUCCUUCCCGUGUGAUAGUACUAUAAAUCCACGUGUGAACCGCUCGGUACUAAUUUGUUCCUUUGUUAUCUUUUCAGCUCUAAAGCAAGGCGAAUCUUCAGACUCCGAAGGAGCCAAUCCCGAACACCCGGCCAUGGAUGACAGCAGGCUUUUCACUGUUGGAUUUGAUGACGAGCCACCCACCUCUCCUCCUAAGCAGCAGAGGAAGACAAAGAGAAAGAGGCUUAGGAAAGCCGAUCAGGGGACAUCCUCCCAAACCGCCCCCCUCCUUCCCGAACAGCCUGAACCCGUUCGGGAUGUAGAACCUGUGCAGCAGGUUGCUCCUGAUCAGCAAACUCAUGCUGAUACGCUGAUGGAUCAGCUUUUUUCUGACCAACAGUCCCACCAUUUUUCUGCUGAGGAGGUGACUGCUCAUCAGGCUGACUUGGCUAGUCAAUUCGAGCGGAUCUCCCUCUACGAUCCUGCUCAUGAGAUGUUGGAGCGGGGUGGCUGUCCGGCGAGCCAGAUCUGGUCUACGUCAGGAUUUUUCAAUGGCCACAAUCUUCCCCCGAUACCGGUGGAGGAGGCCGAGGAGUGUAUUGCUCUGACUGUCCUGAAGGUAGCUCAUUAUCUUAUGCUCAUAAUUCACUCUUUUCUUUGCUUGAUAACUUAUCAUGUGCUUAUAUUUUACUUUCUGAUCAUUAGGCGGGAAUAUACAGCCUGAAACUCAGAGAGGCCAGGCAGGCAAAAGAACAAAGCCUGCUGAUGGCCAAAGAAACAGCUGAGCAGGCAGUGGAAGCUGAACGGCGAGCAUUUGCCGAGGAGCGGAAGAAGCUAGGAGCUGAGGCCGGGGAGCUUCGUGUCCAAGUGGGCUCUCUCCAGGCCAAAAUUGCGGCAGCUGAGGCCGCUCAGGUCAAGUUUUCUGAGGCUCCUCCCCAAAUCCCGGACGGCCCGGCUGAAAUGAUAGUUGAUCUAUCUGCCGUUCGGGAUCAAUUCAAAGCUUCCGAGGAGUUUCUGGCUCUCAAGGAAGAAUACGCCACCGAACAGCUCCCUGCUGUUUUCGGGAGGCACUUGGAGAAACUGGCCGGAGAAGAGCGCCAGAAGGAGGGGAUCAGGGUGCUUGAUCAGCAUUCUGUCACCAAGGAGUGGGCUGAAAACUUCGCCCGCGGGGUCUACAGCUCAGGUUGUCAACAUAUGCUUCAGCCCCUCCUCCCCCUCAUAGAAAAACAUAUGGGCCGAGCGGUGCAACCCUCUGACUUUCCCGCUGAUCUUCAUCCCGAUCAUCUGAACGCCCUGAUGGCUCAGAUGAAAAAGUGCCGGCGAGCCCUGGGGAUGGAUGUGGUGCAGAUUGUUGACGAAGCUGAUGAUGAAGAAGAUGAUGAAGAGGGUGAAGAUCAUCCCGAACAGUAGAUUAGACAUUAUCUGUAUUUCCUUUCCUUUGAAUCAGUAGUUUUUUGUACUUUCCGGCCAGUAGAGCCGAUGAAUAUACAAUUUUUGCCUGCUCAUCUCGUCUUUGUGACUUCAUAUUUGUUUUUCACUUAUCAAUUUGCCUCUGCAAUACGUUUCAUGUUGCUUUGUUGAUCUCCGUAAUCUGAAGCGAUCAGGUCUCCGGUUUGCGUCACCCCUUCGCUAAGUCCAGAAUUUAGGAUUUUAAUAUUGAUCGACCUGUUUAUUCGAUAUCAUUCAUAAUGAACUUCAUAGUUCAUUAUGGAGUAUAAACUAUGUUUCUUCCUCUGUUCGGGGUAUAAACUCCUGUACUGGGUACAACCAUCCUGUACUGGGUACUAUGUUUUUUUUUUUUUUUUUUUUUUUUUUUUUUUCAUCUCAGCCUCAUGAUUGCGAUGUAAGCUGUUCGACCCCUUCCCUAACACCAAAGUUGAGGUGCGAGCUGUUCGAUUUAUCUCCGUCUGUUGUUCUUUGUUUCCUGAACGCGCAAGACAUAAUCUUCAACGCCUGCUGCGUCCCCGAGCACCAUGUUUCAGAUGCAUGCCGUCCGGUUUUAUUACCGUCGACUGGUUGUUCCCUGAAGGCUAGAGUAACCUGUUCGGGUUAUCUUCCGCGGUAUUCUUUAUUCGCAAGGCAAUCACCUCUUGCUGCAAGACAAUUUCACAAUUCGUGUAAUGUCUGCCAUCUUCCAAGCCCAUAAUUUCGAUGCAUACCGUCGGUUUUACCGUCCGGGGUCAUCCAUAUCAUGAGGUUGAGAUGUCCAUCCUGGACCGUUGAGAAUAAGGCUCCCAAUUCGGGUCUCCCCCUUAUUCUCUGCCAAAAUGGAGACUCGCCUCCAGGAUACAGCUCGGGUUCCACCACCAUAAAGUUCAGACGAGCUGUAUGCCCAAGGCAAGAUUUUAAGACCAGAGUCCCGAUCCCCCGCUCGGUCACCCUAUGACUUCGGAUGCCGCCCGGUUCGUCCUACUCAAGAUCUUUUACACCAUCUCCCAAGCCGAGUCCGGGCUUGGUAUCCUGCACUUUUUUUUUUUUUUUUUUUUUUUUUUAGUGCUGAGAUGAUGGCUCCCCAUGGAUCGAGAUAAAUGAUAUCUAUAGAUCAAGGUGAGACUUUUGGCCGAGCUUGUGGUGAUGCCGUUCGGCAUGUUGAUACCGUUCGGCUCGCAAUAUUCCUUUUAAC